AUGAUGGCUUUCCUGCCAUUAACCAAAUACACAACCCACAUGGGCACGUCAGGUCUGAAGCUCAACAUUCUCGUUGCCGGCAUUGCGGCAUGUGCAUUUUGGCUUUUCGGCUACGACAUGAGCAUCAUGGGUGGUCUGAUUACUGAGGAGUCCUUCACGACUGUCUUUCCCGAGAUGAAAAACGCUAAUGUCCAGGGCAUCGUGAUCGCCUCUUUUGAACUCGGUGCUCUUGUCGGUGCCCUCGCCUGCUUGGACCUUGGCGACCGCCUCGGGCGUCGUCUGACCGUUUGGUUCGGUAUGCUGUUUAUGCUGGUCGGCGGCACAUUGCAGACGAGUGCCUGGGCAAUACCUCAGUUGGUAGUGGGUCGCAUUAUCAGCGGCAUCGGCCUCGGCUUGCAGGUUGCCACGGUGCCGUCAUGGCAGUCCGAGUGUGCGAAAGCGCAAAGUCGCGGGCGUUGGGUCAUGAUUGAGGGUGGCUUGCAGACAUUCGGCGUCGCUUGUGGCCAGCUCGUUGGUUAUGGCUUCUUCUUUGUGAAGGGUCAAGCGCAAUGGCGUACGCCCGUGGGUAUUCAGCUUGUCCCGGCUUUGAUCGUCUUCAUAUUUAUCAAUCUCCUUCCUGAGUCACCCCGUUGGCUGAUCAAACAUGGCCUGGUUGAAGAGGGCACAUACAACCUGUCAAAGCUUCGGGGCCUGCCGGUCAGCCACCCCGAACUAGUGGCUGAACGAGAGGCAAUCAUCGCCUUGUUCGAAGCGCAGAUUGAACUUGCUCCAUUCUCCUACAGAGAAAUGCUGGACAUGGGAAAAAACAAGACGUUCCAUCGCGUCGCCAUUGGAGUCUUCAUGCAAUCGGCACAGCAAAUAUCUGGAGUCAACCUGGUCUCGACCUACGCCAACAAGAUACUUCAAGAGUCGUUCGGCCUCAAUGCUAGCACAUCCCACCUCAUCGCUGCCAUGGGCGGGUUGGAAUAUGCUCUAUGCUCGCUUCUAUCCGUUUUGCUCAUAGAAGGUCUCGGGCGUCGGAAGGCCUUUAUGUGGACUACCAUUGGCAUGUCCAGCUGCUUUGCUGUCAUCGCUGGGCUUCAAAGCACAGAGUCGCGCACCUGCCAAUUGGUCGCUGCUGGAUUUCUGUUUCUCUUCAAUACCUUCUUUGGUCUCGCCUGGGUUGGAGGACCGUUCUUGUACAGCGCCGAGAUUGCACCUCUGCGAUGCCGCGCGCAGGCGAAUGCCCUGGCGAGCGCUGGCAACUGGUUAUUCUGCUUUGUGGUGGUCAUGAUUAUCCCACCCGCUUUCCAAAAUAUCGGCUGGAAGACGUACAUUAUUUUUGCAAUCCUGAAUGCCAGCUUCGUUCCUAUCAUCUACUUCUUCCUGGUCGAAACGAGAAAGAGAAGUCUCGAGGAGAUCGUGAGUAUCAUCCGAAGGAGAAAGGGUUGA